AGCUUCGUCAAGUCUAUAUCAGAACAUUAACGGAGUUCUCCACCAGAGCCUCAUUAAACAAGGAGAUCGAACAACUGAAGGGUUCAAUCGACAACACGCCUGCUACCAACAAUACUCGUCGCAGAAGAUCAACGGUGAGAUCCUCAAACGUCUAAAGAGGGACUUGUGUAUUCCUAUGCA